AUGACUAAGUUCACUAAGUUUGCCAUCAUAGGAGCUGGUGGCGUGGGGAGCAUUAUAGUGGACGAGCUACUCAAGAAGGGUGACGCUGUGUCUGUCAGCAUCCUCACUCGCGACGAAUCCAAGCCGGAACUACAGGCUUUCAAGACGCGCGGAGCCAUACUCAUUCAGGUCUCAUAUGACGACGAGAUUGAUCUCAAGGAAGCUCUCAUAGGAAGCGAAGUCGCCCUCAUUACCGUGCCGUCCUUCCACAUGACAGAGCAAAAAGCUGUGAUAUUAGCAGCUAAGGCUGCCGAAAUUGAGCUCUUUGUUCCAGCUGAGUAUGGAGUCAAGGUGACUGAGGGUCCCAAUGCCCCCAAGAAAGUAGUUCAGGAUCUACUCGCGGAAGCCCAGCUACCGUCAACCGUCUUUUAUACGGGCCUUUUUGCCGAGUUCCUCCCCUACUACCUCGACUACCACUACAGUGAAGGAUACAUGAACGUGGUGGGUAAGGGUGAGAUGGCCUUCAGUAUUGCGGCGCGAGUGGACGUGGGUCGCUUCGUGGCACACGUCCUAUCCACGGUUCCCAGGAGCAAGCUUAAAGGUGUCAAGAUUCCGUUCGAAGCUGAACGUUUGUCACCACUGCAGAUUCACGAUCUCGUCGAGAAGAAGCUGAACAAGAAGAUCGAGGUGCGCCACAUCAGUUACGAAGAAAAUAAGAAGAAGUUUGACACAGACUACGUGGCGUUCCUCUCGACGAUUUUCGAAGAGGGUCGUGGUGUGGUCGGCACGGAGUAUGAAGUGCAGGAAAGUGUGACUAAGUUCUUCCCAGACUGGAACCCCACCAAGUACGAAUCUCUUAUUUCGUGAUCGUAAUCCUGUUUUGGAGGAAGCUAAAUGAUCCUAAUGUUCAAGCAGAACAACUGUAGCAACGACUUUUGAUCUGUACCAAAAAGAUUUAUUUUUUCGUGCAGUAAACGGGUAAUUUUCAGAU